AUGGCGCCCGGAGUCUCCUUUCCUUGGUUUAGAGCAGCGAUCGGGAUACCUGCAGCGAGCGCCCUUUUCUCAUUAGUCUCGACGCAGUUCAUUGUCUCUUGUGAGGUUGGAAGCUCCGCCGCCAUCAGCUCCUCUACGGCCGUUUGGUCUAUCUUCUCGUCGUGGACAGGAGAUGUCGCGGCCGUAGGUGGUGAUUCAACCGUGGUGACCCUUUUGCUAAUCAGGUCUAGGAGUCGUGUGAACUAUGUGUCCCUCUGCUCCCAUUAUGCAUCUUGUUUGACCAUGAGGGUUUCCAGCUUGCAAAGGCACUCGUUCAACACGCGAUAG